AUGCCCGAAAGGCUGAACAGCGGCGCCUGUGCCCGACCUGGAGCAGUUGAGAAACAGGUGAGGAGCACGGAGGGUGAGGUGGUGGAUGGGGAGGACCCCAGCCUGCAGCCCUCCGCGGCCAAGAAGGUGAAGCUGGAGCUGAAGGAGAGGAAGGAGAAGAAGCAGAAAGUGGAUGAGGAUGAGAUCCAGAAGAUGCAAAUACUGGUCUCUUCCUUUUCUGAAGAGCAGUUGAACCGUUACGAGAUGUAUCGCCGGUCUGCUUUCCCCAAAGCUGCUAUUAAACGGCUCAUCCAGUCCAUCACUGGCACCUCCGUCUCUCAGAACGUGGUUAUUGCCAUGUCUGGCAUUUCCAAGGUCUUCGUUGGGGAGGUGGUGGAAGAAGCUCUGGACGUGUGUGAGAAGUGGGGGGAGCUGCCACCUCUGCAGCCCAAACACAUGCGAGAGGCAGUCAGGAGGCUCAAGGCACGAGGACAGAUCCCCAAUUCCAAGUAUAAAAAGAUCAUCUUCCACUGAAGCGUCCCAAGAGCAGCAAGAGAAGACAGAAGUUAAAACCUUGUAACAGUGACAGCAGAGCUACGAGACUGGAAC